AUAAUAAUAUGAAGCGAGACCAGAAGCCGAUAAAAGUUAAUAAAAUUCUCUCGGGUUCUGUUCUCCGAGUUCAUUUAAUUUUGAGUUGUCUCACACUUUUAAAAGCGGUCGCCUCAGAAAAUAGACGGGCAGCUGUUGAAGUCUAUCAAAGCGCCACAGACGGUGAACAGUACGUUAGAAGAAUUGUCCAUGGAGAGAAAAUAACGGAACGACCGGAAUAUUUAUUAUUCACGGCACCUUAUAGACUGUGCGAGGGUGAAUGUGCGAAUGGCAAAAAUUUUGUGCUGUCAUUCCCGCUUUACAUUGGUAAGAAGGGUGUCAAAGCGUACAGGAGUAAUUACCAAAGAGAUGCAUUGAAAGUUCAUUCGUUGCGGCCUAACGCGCCGUUCAGAACUAAGCCUAAACGGACGGCAUUGACAACUUGCCCGACGCUUCGAGAAAAUCCUACCACAGAAUCAACCACUACUACGACAACAACAACUGAAGCGACAACUACUACAGAAACGACAACAACAGAAGCAACAACUACAACUGAAGCAACCACUACAACCGAAGCAACAACUACAACAGAAGCUACUACUACUACAGAACCAACUACUAUUACAGAAGCAACUACUACUACAGAAGCAACUACGACUACAGAAGCAACUACUACUACAGAAGCAACUACUACAACAAAAUCAACCACUACGACAGAAGCAACUACUACAACGGAAACUACUACUGAAAAAACAACGCCAACGAUAGAUACGGAUGAAGAAGACCCAAAACUAUUGGACUUAUUAUACUCAGAAGAAACGACAGUCACGCAAAAAAUUAAAAGAACUAAAUGCAAAAACUACUCUGGCCUUUGUCUAAAAAAAAUAAAGAGAAGGACCCCAGAUGAAUAUAUUGACCACAAUUUAAACGUCACUGAAUCUCAAGAGAAGUUUUUUAAUUAUGUUGACAAUCGUCCUGAAUUUGAGGUUAAUAUUACUCAAGAUUAUACUAUUUAAGCAAAGGUUAAUAAAUUGAAGGUGAAAGUGU